CCUCUGAGCAUUGUGCAGAGAUCAAAGGCACAUUCUGGGAGGUCACGCUGGGAAGAGGCAGGAGAGAACACGAGGGAAAUCUCGGUUUGCACGCACACCUCGGCAAUAGCAGGAGGAUUAGAAGGAGAAAAGUCACAGUCAGUAAGAGAAGACAGGGAAACGGGGGGAACACGUAGAGCCCAAGUCGGAAGGCGAGUAACGUUUUUUUUUUUCGCGAAACAGCGUCUUCUCUCUCGCUCUCUCUUUCUCUCUCCAUCUCUAUCUCUCUCCCUCUUCACUCCGCGGAUUUUCUCCACAUCCUGAUGAUGACUGAGGUGGCUUCUCCGUGAUAUUUUGCCGCCGGUGCCACCUCGCCACGCACAGCGCCGGUUGCGUCGCAGCUCGGAGCAUGGCAAGGACACCUCACACGGUGAAAGGAGACAAUUCGUUCCUCCGGUUGGCCAAUUAAAUCAUUCCCGAGGCGCCAAUAUGGUUUGACAUACAUUCAAAGAGAGAAACAGCCUUCCAACGUGGGCGCAUGAGGACGGAGGAGAGUAAUGAGAUGCCAACCUGCAAGCCAGGGACGCUUGGAGAGGAUGGAGACUUGAGCGGUGCGGAGCUUCUUUUUAAGAAAUAAUUUACAUUCCUCGCCGGAGAGAAGGAGGUGUGGCUGAGCUUUUUGGUGGCACAUGGAUGGAUGACUUUUGUGCAAAGAUAGGAACAGGAGAAAAGAGCCAAGAGUGCGCGUAACUUUAUCUGUCCUACACGUGACCAAUCACCGAACAUCAAGUCAUUCUUUGCGCCUUUAAGUAGCAGACUUUACGUGCGCUCUUGUGGAACUCGGGGUAGGUGCGCUCCAUGUUUCAUUUAGGACACACCGGUACCGACGGUACCUGCGGGACAUAAAAACAAAACAAAAAAAACAAAAAAUCCCCACACACACACAGCGAAAGAGCCAGUGAUGCCGGACACAUUGACACUCAUAAAGAACCGGACAGAGCCGCGGCUGGGGCAGCUAGAACGCACCCUGGCCGUGGAGGGGAGCGCCCGCCCCGCCUGGGUCAUUGCAAUCCUGGCCAGUGUUUUGAUUUUCACCACGGUGGUGGAUGUGCUGGGGAACCUCCUGGUGAUCAUCUCGGUGUUCAGGAACCGCAAGCUGAGGAACUCUGGUAAUGUGUUUGUAGUGAGUCUGGCAUUUGCUGACCUUGUGGUAGCCUUCUACCCCUACCCCCUGGUUCUCUACGCUCUCUUCCAUGAUGGAUGGGCGCUGGGAAACACCCAAUGCAUGGUCAGUGGUUUCCUUAUGGGGCUGAGUGUCAUUGGUUCCAUUUUCAACAUCACUGGGAUUGCAGUGAACAGAUACUGCUAUAUCUGUCACUCAUUCUCUUACAGUCGGCUAUACAGCUACCGCAACACUUUACUCUUUGUUGCCUUAAUUUGGCUGCUCACAGUAGUGGCCAUUGUCCCGAAUUUCUUUGUUGGUUCGCUACGAUAUGACCCGAGGGUCUACUCCUGCACUUUCGCUCAGAAUGUCAGCAGUUCCUACACGGUGGCGGUCGUGGUGGUUCACUUCCUGGUUCCCAUUGCAGUGGUUACCUUUUGUUAUCUACGCAUUUGGGUGCUUGUGAUUCAGGUGCGGCGUAAAGUGAAGACUGAGGAGAGCCCUCGCCUCAGACCAAGUGACUUGCGAAAUUUCAUCACCAUGUUUGUGGUAUUUGUGCUGUUCGCCAUCUGCUGGGCCCCACUUAACCUGAUUGGCUUGGCGGUGGCAAUAGAUCCGUCUCGUGUGGCUCCCCGCAUCCCAGAGUGGCUUUUUGUGGUCAGCUACUUCAUGGCCUACUUCAAUAGCUGUCUGAAUGCCAUCAUCUAUGGCUUACUCAACAGGAAUUUCAGGAAUGAGUACAAACGCAUUGUCACCUCUGUCUGGGUGACUCGGCUUUUCGUCACAGAGACUUCACGAGCCGCCACAGAUGGCAGGAGCAUGAGGAGCAAGCAGUCGCCACCUCCGCCGCUCAACAACAACGAGUCAGUCAGAGAUCGCACCAACAAAGAAUGAAAUGGGACCCCUGAGCCUGUUACAUGGUAAUUCCUGUUUUGAUAUGUGAUAUCCAGGCAGAUGUGCAGCUAAAGAGUAAUAAGAAACACAUGAAACUGAAAGACAUGGCUUCAUUUUCUAGUACUCUGCAGCAGAGAUGUGAAGAAUUCUAAUUAUCAUGCUGAGUUUAUGAAAGUUUGGUGUUUUGAAGAUUAUUUCAAAAACUUUUGAAGUGAUAGAUAAGGAUGGUCUGGAGGGGAGAACUGAGCCAUGCAUUGCAGUUUCAUGUUGUUAUUACUCUAACAAUCUGAAUGGUACAUAAAUAUUACAUUAAAAAUGUGAUAUCCUUUAAUGUCUGCUGCUGUAGACUCUUACAAAUAUUUCACAAAACCGAGUAACCACUGGUAAACGUACACCUCUCUUUAGUAACUUCAAAAGCCUCAAAUAGUACAAAUCGCCUCAGCUGAAUGCUACAUUAGUAGAAGAGGAGAUAAUGUCUGUAUGUUAAUAAUAUUAUAUCAGUCUGAAGGAGUUUUACAUGGUGAAAGCGGUCAGACUUACACACUAAGCCUAAAUGCUGCAGUGGCAUCUACUUAAUACUGCCUGCUCUGACCCUCUUGCACUGCAAAGAACGAAACACAAAAACUUAGUAAUAAACAUUGUAAAUUCAGGAUGUUAAUUCACUGACGGAUGGCACAAAUCGAGUCAUGAGCAAAACUAGCACCAAAACCAUGUGAUGUGUGCUAAUGAACAUGUCUGUUUUUGUUUUUGAAAGUCCCAGAAGAAACAUGCAUGUGUUGUAGCAGGUGGAGGAUGCCUACAUGUCUACUAUUGCUGCUGCUGCAACCAUCAGUCUACAUAUCACCUGCACUUCAAACGCUGCUGCCAUUUGGCCAUUAUGAAACUUUCUUGCAAUACCAGUGCAUAGGAUAAGGCGCUACUUUGUGAGCCGAGACUUUGAUUUAGAGAACAUCAGAAGAACAUUUACUCACUUACAAUAUUUAGGUAAAAUUUUGCACUUCAAUAUUUCAGCUUUAUGCAACUGAUUCACAAGCAGUCUAUUCAAGUGAUAGAUUUUCAUGCAUCAAUAGUUAGAAUCCAAUAAUAUUAUAUACAGCAUUUUGUUUGUUCUCCAUAAUAAGUACUUUUGAUACUUGAGGUAUAUUAUGCAUGAUGCUGGUCCUUUUGUACUUUUGCUUUGGUAGAAGAUCUUAGUACUUUUUCCACCACAGCAGAAAGAACACAGAGCAGGACAGCUUGACAGAAAGACUUCACAGAGGGACAACACAAGUCAAUACACGAAUAUCAGCAUAUUAGCAAAGCAAAAAAAAAGUUCAGUCCCAACAAAAUAGCCAAAUGCAGCAGUACGGAUGAUUCUUUUUGCACUCUAAUGCUUUGCUUUGCAAUUCAAAACACAGUAGGUGUCAAAAUCCACAAUAUCCAACAUCAGCUGCAUCUGAAAACGAUAUAGAGUCGAGUGAGCAAGUUCCUCACCUUAGCACAUUCAUAUUUAAAGAAGUUGUCACACUGUAUUACUGAUUUACUGUAAACGAUGCUGCUCUACAGUACACAUAAUAAAAGGCCUAAGCUACGCAACAAGUUCAAGAUGUUCUCCUGCCUUUUACAUUAAAAAACCUCCAGCCCCUAGAAAAAGGAAAGUGGAUAAACACAUUUACUGAACAAGCAGCAAGCAAUACAGACUGUGCACAGGUUCCUCCACCUCCUAUACAAUAUGCUGAGUAUGGUUUUGUGGUUUUAUGCAGUGGUGAUUCUUAUUCUUCAUUCUGAAAUACUUAUGCAAAACUUUUGCUUUUCAUUUCACAUGUAUUUUAUCCUUGUUAUUCAAUGUAGUUCAUUUAUUUUCUAAUUUGAAAAAAAAAAACUAAUUCACCAGGGACACAUUUCGAUGCUUUCACUGUGGAAAUAUAACAAAGAGUACAUUAUAGGAAGUGUUGUCAGGAAUUUGACUGAAGAGUGUCAUUUAUUGCCUCUUAACUGAACAGCAUUUGAAACAAUGUCAGUUGUUGAGAAGGUAAAGCUCAUAUCUGUAUUCCCAUCUCAGGGUGCCUACCGAACAUUUUGUUGUGAUCUACAGUUGUCUGAAACAUUUGCAGUUUAUCAGCUGCCAUAUGAGGAAGGCUGAAGACAUUUCAGUGGAUUUUGUAAAUUAGUGUCAGUGUGGUUUUUAACUGUGAUAUAUUGUUAUUGGAGGUGUAUUCAAAAUGUGUUUUUUUAAAUAUAUAUAUAUAUAUAUAUAUAUUUGAAGCUCAAUAAUACCAUGCGAUUAACAGUUUAUCAUCAGAUAAUAUUUAGCCUCUCUUCCCAUUAACUCUACUACAGUUGCAAAGUGCAUCUAAAACAACCUCUUGCGUAAUUGGCACAUAUAUUGCAUCACUACAAAUGCAUUUGGUUGUCAGUGUAUAGUGAUGGACGCAACUUUAAAUUGCACAAAUAAAAUAUCCAGGAAGGCGCAAUAAGCUGCGCAUUAAAAAUGUAAUGGUUUUCGUUUUCUUUUUGUCUUUAAAAUUUCUAUUUUAUUUUGCAGCACAUUUGUGUGUUCUUAUACAGGGUAUAAUGUGCAAAGCCAUAGAUCAGGAAUGGUUCUGUAAGAGAUGCAAAGCUCAAAGUCAGAUUAUAAAUAUUCAUGGAUAGGACAGAUGUGAGAGCAUUGCAAACAGAGGAGGAAUGUUUGGAAGCAAACAAUGACAUUUGUGGUGCAGAGAAAACAGGGGUAUAAUAAGUUUUUGUUGAAUUUAAAUAAACAUCGGGAGUGACUAUGCUCUCCUGACAGCAGAGGUUUCAGGAAGGUCAUUUUACCAUUAGGGAGGCAGAAGUGGUGUCCGGGUCGCUCGAGGGAAGAGAGAGCUGCACAACAACAAAACCUAAAAAAAGAAAAGAAAAAAAGCUACAGGGAAAACUAACGUUGAAACAUCUGGAGAGUGUUUUAGAUGCACUUGGAGGGGAGCAAAGACUUCAAUAUAAACCAAAGAAAGGGGUAUAGGGGGGUGAGGUGUAAAUACACUUUGUCAUGAUGUUCCUGGGGGGAAAUCUUUAAAACACCUUGGGUCCCUUAAAGUCUUUUUUUCCAUUCAAACUACUGCCUUACAGUUAUUACAACAGUGUCAAACUUUAAAAUAUUACGGCAAGUGCCAUACUUUCUAUUAAUAAUGAACCCAUUCAGCAAACCUGGUUUGCCUCCAUACUGCUUCUUUUUAUGUAUUCAGGACAGUUGUCUAUAGAAAGUUUUCUCUACAGCGUUGCGCUUAAGUUCAAAUGCAGACCUCAGGCAGGAAACUCAAUUGCUGAAACAGAAGAACAAAUAUUAUCUUUUGCUCCUUUGUGUUUUCUUUCUAUAUACCCUAUGGCAAAAUUACGUAACUGUGUAAUUAAAAUGCUGUUUCCCAUCACAUAAGGCACAGCCUCACAGCUUUAGUUUUAAAACCAACCACUCGACUGCAAUUUCUUAUUGGACUUCACCGCAUUCCAAUAAGGUAACUGUUCAGUUCUCGAAAUCAUACAACAAAUCUUGUUUUAGUUGUUAAAUUGGAAAGCUGUCAGUAUUAAAACGGUCAUAAAUCAUGAUCUUUAGUGCCUGGCUAUUCUGUGAGCUCCCUGUUUUAAUAAAGAAAAUGUACGCUGAUGUUUGAUUGCCAUGCUGGACUAUGUUCAGAGUUGCUGCAGCAAAGUGUUGUUAGUGUGUCACAACUGAAGCUAAUGCUGUACUCGUGCUAUGUAGGACUGUAAAUGAAUCAGAACAUCAUUUUAUUUCUGAAUCCAGAAAAAAAAAACUAUGUGUACCUAUGUUUAUUUUUAUCAUUAAGAGUAAAUUUUAAAAGGAACUUUGAAUUUACUUAUUAAUGAUGUAAAUACGAUUCUGCCUCAAAAAAAAAUAAACAAACACAAGGAAGUACGCAGUGAAGGUUUUCACUCUGUUUUUCACUGGAAGAUGAAAGCGGAGGUUUCUGUGUGUUACUAAUCCUUUCCGGUGCUGCAUUCACUGAGGUGACACACUCUCUGUCUGCCUAUCAGAUUUCUGCAUUAUGUUGUUGACGUCCCUCUCACACCCUCCCCAAACGCCGCAAGCAAUAUUCAUGCAUGGCUGACAUCCUGCUAAAAGAAGAAUUCCCUGAUAAUUUUGACUUUUUAUUUCCGCCAUGUGAUCAGUGGAGAAAAAAGGAGCAUAAGAGCAGCUGCCGCUUUGCAUUUCAAAAGGCAUAUACUCUAUCGCCACUUUAAACAUGGUCGCUUCACACGCCAGAGAUGACGAGGUAUCCUAAAAUCAUAGAACCUGGUGAAGUCCGAAUCUAAGAAAACUUGGUGAAUUAACACACAAGGAUGAGGCAAGUUUAUAUACAGUUGCUCAUCAUAGUGUGGAAUACUCCAUAGCUUUUAUAUCAGUGUUACUGUGCGCUUUACAAAAACUUAUAGGCAGGAAUAGAGAAGAAUAAUUUAGACACUCUGAUUCUGAGCUACAUGGCUUGACACAGAUGAGCGAAAUAUAUACUAAGAUAGUUUUUAUAGGCUGAAGGAUGCAGGCACAGGAUUAACCUUUAAUUUGAUCUGGAAAACCUCUCUACAGAAUGCAGCUUUUUUUUAUGUGCGUGUGUGUGUGUGUGUGUGUGUGUGUGUGUGUGUGUGUGAUUAAUGAAUUAUGUCAUAGCAUAGCGACAACAGCUGACAGCUAAAGACAGAAAAGGAUGCAACACUGAUCAAAUUAUGCACAAGGUACCUUCACAAAGAUGAAAAUAAAAUGAUAAGCCUUGAGAACAUAAUUGAAUGCACUCACGGCUUACUGUUGGAAAAUCCAACUACAGAAAAAGGGGGGAGACGUCGUUGCAUAUGCACCUCCCGUCGAGUUUGCAAACAAGAAAUAAAUCUAGCCUAUUUAAAAGAGUGACUGUGAAAACAUUAAUUAGAAGAAAGGCCAUUAGACAUUUGUAAGCACAAGUGCUUUUUCACGUGAUUAAUAUUUACACUCAGCGGCCACUUAAUUGUCUGCAGCUCAUUAGACGCAGGUAGCCUUUCUGUUUGCCUGCCGCCUGUAACCUUUGAGGCAUGAAUUAAACCAUAUCUUUGUAAUGUUACACACGUCCUGUUCAUGAUGACCUAAUGCUGUUACAGAACAUCCAUUUGAAAGAUCUGGGAUUCAUAACAGAAACUGAGUGUGUAUCUUUAUGUCAUAAACUGCUAUUGUGAAAAAGAAAAAAAAUAUAUUUGUAAUGCUUUAUUACUUUCUGGCGUAAAGAGGCACCAGAUUAAACAAGACAAUUAAAAUGUUGAAAAUUGUUGACUGAACUUGCGUUUCAGGCGUUUAGCCACUUGACUACUUGUGUCAUGAUAAAUGUCUUCUGUUCCAGAGGCCGUGUGAAUGUGCAUGCUUGUCUGAUCCUAUUUAUGAGUGAUGCUCAUUGACAAGAUUUCACUAACAGGGGCAGGCUGGGACACCAAGAGGAUGGUCUGAGUAACCAAAGGGAAAUCUGUGGAAUGUAAUGGAAUUUAAAAUUUCAACACUCAGAAGACUUGGUUUGUGACAAGGAGUCUCAUCAAAAUGAACUGUGUCAAAAAAAAAGAAAAAAAAGAAGAUAUGCAUUAUGUGUACAGUUCUCCUGAAACACAAUGUUAUGGAAAAUAAAAUGGACAUGUCAUACUUUG